AUGUCCGCCGCACGGCGCCCGCAGCGCGGCGCGUACGAGUCGUUCCUGCUGCAGCAUGUGUCGCAGGUCACAGCGCUCGAGUCGUCGCUGCGCAGCAUGACGUACAUCCUCCCGGGCCGCUUCAAAGACGCCGAGCUCGCCGGCGAGGUGAUUUACGCGCUCGUCCACCUCCUCGGCCUGUACCACGACUCGGUGCUCUUCCGCAUCGUGUACGCGCGCCACCGCGACCGCGAUCAAGAGGCACUGGCCAGCGCGCUCGCGAGCGCGAACGUCCCCAAGAUCUCGCCCCACGCACGCUACACGUCCUUCUGGCGCACCACACAGCCGCGCUACGCGCUCGCAGCCGCGGCCCUCGCGACCACCGAGGCCGUCCAGCUCCUCGCAGAAAUGCUCGCGCGCCGCCGCCUCGGCGAGCGCCGCGCAUGGGACGUCGUCCUCGCCAUCGAGGCUCUCAAGGCCGCGUGCCGCUUCACACUCGUGCGCGCCUCCCAGAACCGACCGGUCAUCACGCCACCGCUGCCCCAGCGCGAAUUCGAUCCCGCCCAGCUCGAGCAGCCGGCGCCCAGCACCAUGCCCCUCACAUGGCGCGGCACACGCACACACUGCCUCCGCCGCUCCCUCGCGUCCGUCGGCUCCCGCGACGUCUACGAGCACCUGCUCUCACGCACCCUCACCGAGCAGGACGUGUCGCCACCGCCGCUCCUCGUCCGGCCGCUGACCCAGCCGGCCGCGCGCAUCGCCGAGGCCGUGUGGAUUCUGCGCCCCCUGCUGUACGUCGCUCUCCUGCGCACGUACGGAAGGCGCGAUCUGCGCCCCUUCGCCACCUCGCUCCUCGUGGAAUGCCUCGCUCGUACGCUGCGGCAGCAUACGCGCGUCCAGCACAGCAAAUCGCCCUCACCCCCGUCCAUCUCGCUGUGGCUCUCGGUGCUCGGCAUGGAAAACUCCUUCCUCGACUGGCUCGCCAGCGGCCUCUCGACCCAAAGCGCCGCUCAGCGACCCGUCAGCACUGUCGAAGGCGACGAAUGGAUCGCACGGAACCGCUCCCUCUGGUGGUACCUGCUCCGCGGCCCCGUCUGGUACGGCUGGACACGCCCCAAGCUGGCCAGCUUCGUGGCCCGCACAGAGCACCGCCGCCUCCUCGGCCUCCUAGGCUCCAUCAUCCGGGAGUACCUGCCUCUCAUCGACGACUACUACUACUACUCGGCCAUGUAA